CAGAUUGUAAUUCAUGACUGUUCAAUAACUAUAUUUUUUUGUUGAUUCAGCGUAAUCAAGAAUUAGGAGAAACUAUGUGUUUGUGUUCUUAACUUUGUUCUUUUGCUGAGAAAUGGUUUAGUUCUGACACGAUAUUCUUAGAAUAUAUUAUUUGGUGUCCCUCGUCUCCUGUGUGUCAGCUCAGAAUGGUAGAGGACUACAGCAGCAUGAGAAUAACCGGCAUGGGUGGGACAUCCGCAUCGCUGUACCGGGUAGUCCUGGCGAGGACUACCCGACCCUCAGCAACAUACCCAGGACCCCAUUUUCGUGUGCUGGACGAGAACCAGGAUACUACGCAGAUUUUGAAACAAACUGUCAGGUAUUCAGAGUCUGCACCGUCGGUUCCACAUAUGGCUUCCAGUCUUUUCUCUGUCCGAACGGAACUUUAUUCAACCAAGCUGUCUUCGUUUGUGACUGGUGGAUGAAUGUCAAUUGCAGAGAAUCUGAAAAGCUACUAAACUCGAAGAACGAACAAUUUCAGAAUCUUCGACUAGGACCCGAACUCAUGAAGGACAUCAAGAAAAUGCUCACAUAUCCAAUGCGCAAUCCCUACAAUAAAGCCUCAAUGAGAAGUAGCCUUGUGGUAAUGCAGGAUUACAAAGCUCCUGCAGGCCAGUUGUUCCCGAAUGAAGCGUUAUUAGCUGGUCCCGAACGUCUGCCCAGUAACGUCUAUGUACCCAAACAAAAUCUUAUUCAAAACACUUAUUCGAACAACGAAAAUUUUUACUCUGAAUCCACGUCACAGCCCAACUAUCCAAAUCAGUAUACGACAGUUCGUCCAAGCACAAGAGAGGCAGAAAUAUUUCAGAGGCAGAGGCAAACUACACCACGUUACAGUAAUAAACUUCGAGAGGAACCAAACUUGCGAUUUGGCAACACAAUAUCAAACAUUCAUGCUGGCCAAUUCAAUCAAUUAAAAACAAAAUCGAAUGAUGCUACAAACACACGUCCGCAAAGACCUACUAAAGAUAUUCAAAAAAACUCACAAUACUUUACAAAGCAAACAACAACACUGUCUCCAAAUAUUCAAAAUACUUCACGAAGACAACGUGGCAGACAGCGUUCUUUAAAUACUGACAAUAAAAAAUCUACAAAUUUGAGUGAAAGUAAAAAGUUGACUAAUACUGACAGUGUCACAAACCAAAAAUACACCUCAAAUCAACAAGAAACGCAAACAAUAUCAAAUCAAAAAGCAAAUAUUCGGUUCAAUAACGGAAUAUCUGACGACAUACAAAAUGAAGUAAAACAAAACAUUGCGUUGGUGUUCUCACUACUUGCUGAUUCAAUUAAUGCUGCAAAAGAAUAUACAAAUAUAGCUCAACAAGAAGUUAUUCCUGCUACGCCUGGUACAACACAAUUUCAGAAUGUAAACGAAGCCGAACUUUCACAAAUCACGAACAUGAUCUCAAAGUUAACUUCGACACAAUAUGCUGACAUUUACAAUCGAAAUGAAAACAUCAUCACGACACCACAAAAUAUACCUACGAACAUUCAAUCUAAUCAGCUAAUAACAGUUCCCGAAGUCACAAACCAAAUAUACAACAGGCCAUUUACGAGUUAUAUCGGACAGCCAGCAAACAAUCCAGGCCAAGGCAAUACAGCAAACUUUAUUCACUCAAACAUUCCCCAGAACGCUCCUUCUAAUUUCAUUCCUACUGCGAAUACCCAACCACAAUAUUCACAAGACACAAAUUUGUUCCCGUCUGGAGAUCGGAGCCAUGACGUCACAAACUUAUUGAAUCAAUCACCGGCAGCAGUCGAAAUAGUCCAAUCGCAAACUUUACCAUACAGUUCGGCUAAACUACAAAUAGGUUCCUCGGAUCAGUCAACACAGACGUUUAAUCAAGAAACCCUCGCCAAUCUAUUAAGCGGCGACAAUAGAAUAUCGGCACACCUUCAAGACAAAAUUAUAGGGACCAUAAAACAUCCCUUAGAGAGCGAUAAACUAGUGACGUACGAAAAAGACCAAUCUUAUUAUUUCACGUCGAACUUGAAUAAAAACACUCCUGGACCGAACUUUUCAGGAAACUUAAUUCAACCUACAUCAAACCUAGAAACGAAGCCUUCAAAUACAAACUUCCCGAAUACACUAACUUUACAGUUCAUUCCUUCAAACGGUUACGAGGUGGAAAACGAAAGACAACAACAGAAGCUACUCGAUACUUUUCAGAUCGACGAAUUUGGAGCUCCCAGAGAAGUCGUUUCCAAUAUCGAUCGAUCCAAUAACCAGGAACAGAUAUUAACCUCAAAUAUCGAUUAUUCUAUUGAACACCCCACGUCGGCCCGACAAUUAGACGGGACAAACAAUAUCAACGCCUUGUACUCUGGUCCGUCGUCAUAUUCGGCACCGCAAUCGUCAGUAGUCGGGGGACGAUCAGACAGACAAAAUCAGUACAACUCGAAUUUAGAGGACUUGGAUGAAAACAAUGAAAACGGAUAUCCUAGAACGAGGCCGGCUCGGCAAUUUACCUUCUAAACGACACAACAAACAACGACAAAUUGAGUCGUCUAUUAUCAAAGGUGGCAAUCUGUGCAUUUGGACAAAAAAAUGUUAUUGAUAUGUCAAUACAGAUUGAUUUGAAUAUAAUCGUCUCCUUCAAAGAAUACGGUUCAAAACCUGCAUUAAAUAAAGGUUAAUACUUAAUCUGUUAUUUAUCUAAGAUGUCGUUCAGAAGAGUUUUGUGACUGCCAAUGGAAUACAAAGUCAAUAAUUCGUUUUUCUGAUUUACCAAUAAUUGUCCAAAAGUCACAUUGCCGGCUUUGAUAAUAGUCGACCCAAAUUAACUAAUUUCAUAUAAUGAAAAAAAUUAAGCUUACAAAGCGUAACCAUUGAUAUAUAUAUGUUACCGGAAAUGUAUGAAAUCAAGGAAUUGUAUACAAAUCCUAGGAAAUGUGUACAAUUCCGAUACUAUUUAGGAAAUGUAUAAAAUAUUGUUUGAAAAACUAUUUAAUGCAUAGAUAUCCUAGGAAAUGUAUAAAUUUCCUCGGAAUUGUAUAUAAUUCCAAUAUCGUAUUAGGAAAUGUAUAAAGUAAAUGCUUUCUGUAAUAAAAUACGUUGUUAUUAAUAUUUUUUUAAUAUAACACUUAUUGAGACAAUCGGGUAACAGUCAUACCGUAAAAUAAUAAUAAUAUAUUCAUAUUAUCUUACUAAUUAAAACUUCUAAAAUCAACUAUCUAUUAACUUUUAACGUAUCACAAAAUCAACUUAUAUUUAUUCUUAUAAAAUAAAAUUUUCAUUUGGCAAGUAAUCAGUCUGAUAAUUAAAUAAUUAUAAAUGUCAAAGUAUAAAAGUAAAUCUUUGUAAGAUAAUACUUUGUCAGUCCAUAUAGCUAUUUAUUUUUGCAGGGUAAGCUCGAAUGGCAUUUGGAAGUACAUAAUACUUUAGUUUUAAAACACAGACAUCUUGAAGUAGCACAGUUUUUCUUGCAAAGGUACUUCUUAAAUCCCUGGCCGGUUCCAGUGGAUUGCAAGUUGGCAACUGACCGUAGUGCAAGACUCGUCCCGCUGUCCCCGCGUACCCAUCAAUAUCUUAAAUGUUUUACAUUUCCGAUUGCUAUUUAGGAAAUGUAUAGAUUUCCUAGGAAAUGUGUAAUGUGUAAGUAUAAUAUAAUUUUUUUCACACAUUUCCGUGCGAUUUUAGGAAUUACAUACAUUUCCUAGGAAUUGUAUACAAUGACGGAUUACAUACAUUUCCGUUAACAUAUAUAUUUUUUAAUAAUAAUUUUUUAAUACAUCAAUGAGCGUAACGUAUCAAUAUUCCCUAAAGCAUACAAAUCCAUACUAAUAUUAUAAAUGUGAAAGUGAGUUUGUUUUCUUUUGUUACAUAUUCAGUUGAUCAUCAUAAAAUUUUGCAUACACCUUGUCAGAACUACAGGCAAGCUUUAUAUAUAUAUAGACAUCAAAUUAUUCUUUCCACAUUUAACUGCCCGAAAGCGUAAGUAGAAAAGCUUGAAAUAAAAACGUAUAAAAUUCAACAUAAUUGUAUCUUCGAAUUCGCUUUGUACUUUUAGGGUUUUUUUACUUUGUAACUUUCAGCGCAAUUAAAACUACAUCCGAUUAAAAGCGUUAUGUUAAUUAAAGGGAAAACGAUCUUAAUUUCCUUGUUCCUUUUCGGAAUAGGUGAAAGCUAUGCUCUCGCCUGUUGUUUAAAUUUAAAAUAAAUAAAACAAAAACCACUUUAUUUGUGUACAAUGUAUAAUUUGUGUCAUUAUAAAACAUCAAUUUAUUGUGAUUGCUCCUUUUCGGUUUGAUAUCUGAAGAUAUUUGAUGAUGCACAAUUUCAUGAGCGUAAGGUUUUAUUAUAACAGUGCAAUAACUUAUAGUAAUAUUCUUUAAAAGUUUACAAUUAAAUUAAAAAUGCUAUACUUUUAUCCUACCUACUAGAAUUAGAUUAAUAUGUACUAGUGUAAAUAAAAUAAUAACUAUUACUUUUAAUAUUAAAUAGUUUUGUACCAAAUCAUAAUUAAUAAAGUAUUAAAUAAAUAAA